GCAACGCGGCCACGAACAGAAAUAGAGGAUGGAGAGACGCGGAGCACGCGUGUUCGUUCCUUCAAUUUUGUCCGCAUAGGGCACAAAUUUAGCGAUCAAGAGGUGAUCGUGCUCCCUCGCCGCUCUUGGUGCAACAACCGAUCUCGCGAGUGCAGUGUCCCGGUGCAAAUAUUGCAUAAUUCGUGUGUAAAACUAUGUCACAAGAGCUCCUUUACGAAAAGUGCAAAAUAUCGGUGUCUUCUGAAAACUAUUACCACACGAGUCGAAGAUGUUGAAGGGACGUGGCCGGGAUAUCAAAACCUCUAUACCAGGCACACCCCAAAUUGGAUUGCGGUCAUCGCUUCGAGCUCCCAUUGCGAAGCCUGAACCUGACUACGAAGUGGUGGAGUUUCCCUCCGAGCAGUAUGUAAACGCAAAACUACAACCUCCACCUCCUCCACCACCCCGGCCACCAACAGGACAUCCGACUGACACAUCAUGCGGCUUAUGCGGCGGCGGCGGAGCACGCGUGCGCUGCACGGAGUGCGGCCGGCGCGCGCUCUGCGCCUCUUGCGACGACAUGUACCAUAGACAUCCCAAACGAAGGAACCACCAGAGACAGGCAUUACCACCGUCGCAGCUAAGGGAUGAAAGACCACCUCUGCCACCAAAAGGAACGCCGCCUGUGCCACCACCGCGAAGACAUAAGAUUGAUCGAGCUUCAGCUAGUCCAAAACCUCCAUCAGUAGAUCAGUUUCGAGCUCCUAUAAAUAUGAUGCAUAAUAUAAACCAUAUCAGUCAAGUAUCGACUCUUCCGCAUUCGAAUUUUGCAACUCCUCGUGCUCAAAUGUCGCCCCAGCUAACAUCGCAUUCAAAUUCGCAUCUCGCGGGUAUGCCGAAUUUUGCGGGAACUAUGCAUCACAACAAUGCUCCGCCGGAACCAGUACUACAAGGUUCUCAAUCGGGAUUUUCUUCAUGGGGACGCCCGCGAGCAUCAUUACCCGGUUAUAACAUGCCACCACAAGCAAUGCCUCAACAUAUCGAACACUGGGAUGGUCAAGAAAACCUUCAUGCUCAGAACUGGGGACGUCCAUUAAGACGUGGAGCUUCAGUGAUGGAAUUAGGAGGGCCAGCCGGUUAUCCUCCAUAUCAGCAAAAUCCUUGGCAUUACGGUAGUUGUGCUAAUUUAGAACAUACAUGGGGAGGGCAAGGACCAUGGCCUCAGGCAUGUUGUUAUCCACCAGGAAGUACAACUCAUCCACGACUGCUUCCACACCCACACGCCCAUGUGCCGCAUACGCCACAACCAUAUCGAAGAGUGGAGAGUCGUACUGCUUCAAGAGCUGGUUCUAGAGCUAAUUCACGAGCACCAUCUCCUGCUCUGAGUAUGAGAUCACGUGCGUCACGACGAACAAAACACCGUACUCCUUCGCCUUCUUUACCAUCCAGUGAUGCAGAUUCUGAGAGUGAACCUGAAAGCGAUAAGCCGGACGAAAAAGAAAAUGAUGAAAAUGACCUAGGUCCAGCCCCACCUCCGCCGAGUGCAACAUGGCAAUGUGAACAUUGUACAUAUGUUAAUGAACCAGGUGUCAGAGUAUGUGCAGUGUGUUGUCGUACUCCUACCAUCACUCCAAAAAUUAUUCCAACAGCUGCUAUUAAAAAUGGUAUGGCAAGUUUAACAAUGAAGGAAAAAGCGUCGGCCCCUUUAAUAAAGAAAAAGGUUGAUGAACCUCGCGCUAAUGAAAGUGAAAUCAAAAAAUCAAAUCGUGCUGCAAAAGAGCGAGUGUCGACAGGAUGUGGCCCUUCUCCACCAAAAGAAAUAAAAGUUUCGAAGGUAAAUCGUUUGGAAACUCCAACAAGAGAACAAAAUAAUGAUGAUACACAUUCUCGGCAUGACAUUGCCGUUGGGCCUUCUCCACCCAAAGAAGUACAAAAGAAACAAAUUAAUGCAAAAAAUACUUUGGAAAAUAAAAAUACACCAACACAAACCCGUAAUGUAUCAGUAGAAAAUGAACGAAUCAAAAAGCAUAGCAUAUCUGUGGGUCCUUCACCACCUCGAUUAAGUCCUGUCGCCAAAGACAAAGCCGUAAAUGAAUGUGAUACUGGAGUUCAAAAAAAGUCCGUUGGAAUCUCGCCGUCACGAGAAAGUAAUACGCAGCCGGAAUCAAGAUUUAGUCGUACAAACGUUUCCAAUACCGGGACAUCUCCACCACCCCAAAGUAUUUCAACUCAGACUUAUGAAGUUCCAAAUCAAUGGGAUAGACCCUCUUCGGCUACACGAUCUCGACCACGGCGCCGAUUUACGGAUGACAGUCGAAGAGAAAGAUCGCACAGUAGGCAUUCACUUUCAAGUGAUACUCGAGAGAGCGAACGAAGCGUACGCACAAGCGGUGGGAGAUGGGAAUGGAGAGAACCACGUGAUAGUAGCCCUGGAGCAGCAGAGUGGAGCGAGAAUGAACGUAAACGUACAACAAGCCGUCUUACAAGAAGGGCGUCUCAUCUAGAUUUAAGGCGAAAUAGACCUUCUCGGAGGUCUAGUUUAUACGGCUCAGAAGCUCCUUCACCAGAACCUUUUUCAAACAAUCGCGCUAGUUCUUUAGAAGCGUUAGCCGGCGCUAAUUCUAGACGCGAAGCGGAAAGAGGAUUAGAACUAGCUCGCCUUAUGUCAGAAGCUGAAAGACUAGGCUUCAGUGCGGCGGAAGUACAGGCAGCAUUAGCUCAAAAUCCUGUAGCUCCAUUAUCGUGGCUAAGAGAACGAUGGCCAAGUUUAUGUGCAGGUGUCAGAGCAGCUGCAGCAAGACUUGCUGCUGGUAUAAAUGUAUCAGAACUAGAAGCUCGUGCAGCUCUGGCGAGACAUAGGGGUGCUAUGUGGCCAGCUGUCACAGAGUGUGUUGAAAGACAUCGUAGGCAGAUGGGUGAUGUUGGAGUUAGUGAGGAGGGAAAAUUACGUGGUCGUGUAUGGGGCUCUCCUGUUGGAGCUGAUGAUGAAGCCACUCCUCCGUCAUUUUCCAACCGGUCACACCGCAGCCGCGCCGAGGACAGUUCAGACGAAUUUGACGUUUCUACAAAUAAUCUCCAAGAUGACGACUGGAUGUAUUUACCGUUGGACAUAAGAAACAGUAAUAUGUCGGAAAUUGAGCAAAAACCCUUGCUUAAAGAAACAUUUAAAACAACACAAGAAAAUGUAGAAGAUAUUGCAGAUAAAUUAAAAGUACUGUUAAAUCUUGCUGGAAUACCUUCUAUAGAAGAAACUUUAUUAUUGAAAGGUCUACGAGUUAAAGGUUUAAAUAAAAAUAUGGGAGAUUCUAAGUCUGAAGAUAUUUCUAUAGAACAGAAGGAAAAUUUAGUGGAAUUUAUUCAAUCAGAAAAAGAUUUUAUCGAAGCAUAUAAUGCUCUAACGCGAUUAAGUCCAUUGCCAAAUAUUGAAGCUAAAAAUAAUUCAGUAAAAAUUGAUUUAAAAGAAAAAAUGAAUGACGAUUUCGAGUCAGCUAAUAAAACAAUUAAUAAAACAAAUAACACGCAAGUACAAAAAUAUGACGAUAUAUCACCUCAACAAACACAAUUUAUGGAAACUUCGGUUAAACAAUUGGAGCGUGAUGACAUUAACAUUCGAGUUGAGGACGAAAAAAAUAUACGGUCAGACAUCAAUAAUUCUGCAAAUUUUAUAAAUCAGAAUGGCACCAAUAACUCCCAAGAACAAAUAUCGAACAAUCUGAGUGAUUUAGUUGAUAAUACACAAAAAUUAAUUCAACAAAUGAAAGACGAAAUUGCGUAUGAUAUAAAUUCUACUCGUGAUUCUGCAGAAACUGAAUCAACUUCUAAUAAUUCUGAGGUAUCCAGACACCAAGAAUCAAGUUAUAGCGAGUCAGACAAUGAUACUGAGGAUUUGACAUCUGAUGAAAAAGAAAUUACGAGUAGCGAUGAAGAACUCAGACGCGAUAAUUUAAAAAUAGAUAAUAGAGAAUUAACUAGUUCCGAAGAUACCGAACAGUUUGAAGAAGCCAUGGAUUAUAUCGAAAGCGCUUUAGAUGUAAAAGAUAAUAAUAUAAAACUAUUAGAUUCGAUAGCGCAAACGUUACGUUAUGAACAAACCAUGACGGUAGAAACUAGCCCGCCUAUGCAGUUAUCUAAAAUAGAAGAUGUAAAUAACAACUUUUAUGAAGUUGUGAAUUCAUUUGAUGAAAUUUAUGAACAAAUAAAUAACGAUAAUGACUUAACUAAACAUAUUAAAAAUGAAAUUGUUGUGAAAAGUAAAAAUAGCAAAGAAACAAUUAAUAAACCCACAAAGGAAACGUUGUACCUGACACACUAUAAAGUAGAAACGCCGUUAAAAUCAGUUGUAUCUGAAAUAAAAUAUCCAGUAUACAGAGGCUUUAUUGAAGCCGUAUGUGCAGAACAUGUAAUAAUAAAUACAGAAACCAAAACUAAAUCAAAUAAUGCUGUAAAUGAGAUUGAAAACGUUGACAGUAAUAGUAACAACAAUUUAGAAACUGAGAAUAUGACUUUGAAUCCCGAGGCAGCAAACUCGUCAGAAAAAAUAAUUAAUACAUAUAAUCAAGACGAAGAGGUCAACGAAUAUGUAGAUCUAAAUAUUGUAGAAAAAGUAAAUGACAGUCGGGAUACUAUUGCUGAGAACUCUAAUGCCAACGAUAUUGCUGAGAGGAACACUGACAGAGAAAUGGAUAAUAAUUUAUCAAAACAGACAGUAAUAACUAAAUCCAAUAUACCAAUACCUGUUAAAACAACUGUUACUAAACAAAAGGUGGAUAAAAAUCAAAAGACAAUCGGUUCUAAAUUGCCUAUAAGACGUACAUCUAUUAAACAGUAUCCUGCGCCCGCUCCACCCAAAACGCAUUUUGGUACCGUACAAAAUGGAAGCGUAAAGCAAUUACAAACAAAACUGUUUAAUAAUAAAACAAUACCAAAUACUGAACACUCCUCUCAUACUAUUGAAGUAAAACCGUCUACAUCAGCAAUAACAAUAAAGAAAAAUCCAGCACCACAGCCACCCCAAUUAAAACAAGUAUCUCCACCAAAAACCACAAUUAAAGAAAAAGAACAAUAUUUUCGGGAAACGUGUCGGACCGAAGAUGAAUGGACAGAUACGGAAUCUGAUGAAGAGAAAAAGCAAUCACAAGACAAAAGAGAAAUAACGCCCACACCUGAGUUACCGUCACCUCCACCAAUAACAACGCGUCGAAUAUCUGGACAGUUAAUUGAUUUAACUAGAAUACAAUUACCUGAAGGGUCUCCAGAGAGACAAGCUCGAAUGCUGUUAGCAGAGGGUGCUACGGAAAAUUGGGAGCAAGCGCAAAUUGCCGUUGAAUUGAUUACUCGUGGAACCGAUGCUCCUACUGCACUUUUAGCCGCUCUCGAAUGUGCAGAUCUUGUUUCUGCACUAGCUUAUUUAAAUCAGUACUGUGAGCUUUGCGCUGCACAUUUCCCAGAACACGAAAUGGUAUCAAUGUUACGAUGCUCUCAUAGAUGCUGUCGAGAAUGUGCUCGCCAUUAUUUUACAGUUCAAAUCACGGAGCGGAGCAUAGUAGACUGCGUUUGUGCAUACUGCAAAGAACCUGAGUUGGAAAUGUUGGAUGAAGAUGCUUGGGUCGAUUAUUUUGCUCAUUUAGAUAUACUACUGAAAACUCUACUUGAAAUAGAAGUUCAUGAACUAUUCCAGAGAAAGCUACGCGAUCGCACGCUUGCACGAGAUCCGAAUUUCCGUUGGUGCGUUGAAUGUUCGUCAGGAUUUUUUGUACAUCCAAAGCAGAAAAAGCUGCGGUGCCCCGAAUGCAAGUCUGUUACCUGUUCGACAUGUCGGAAACCUUGGUCAUCGAAUCACGAUGGUAUGACGUGCGAACAAUAUGCCGCAUGGCUUGAAGAUAAUGAUCCUGAACGUUCUAUUGCCGCAGUCCAACAACAUUUAAAAGAGAAUGGUUUAGAAUGUCCACGAUGUCGUUUUAAAUACUCACUUUCCAGGGGCGGAUGUAUGCAUUUCACAUGCACCCAGUGCAAAUAUGAAUUUUGUUACGGUUGCGGCAAACCAUUCAUGAUGGGAGCUAGAUGUGGAUUGAGUGAAUAUUGUGCUAAAUUAGGUCUACAUGCACAUCAUCCGCGAAAUUGUCUUUUCUAUUUACGUGACAAAGAACCUCACGAGUUACAGACGCUCUUGCAGAUGAAUAAUGUAACAUAUGAAACAGAAGGGCCUCAAGGUAACAACACAAGAUGCCCUAUACAACUACAGAGGGAGACACCUACAGGAUUAAUUGACACCACGUGUGGUAGUGAAGUUUUACCUAAAAAUGGUGGACUUUGCAAGAACCAUUAUUUGGAGUAUCUGAGUCGGUUGGUGCGUAACAAGAAAAUCGACCCGAUGCCAAUCUUGGGUGUAGAUGACUUGGAAACACUAGUACGCCGGGCAGCGUUGAGACCACCACCACGACCCUACGGUUCAUUAGAAGGCCUCUACAAACGAGGCCUGAUUGAGAUUGUUAAGGAGAAGAUUCCACUGGACUGAAAAACUGAUGAAAAGUAAAUAAUUUAUAUUAAAACCAAUUUUUUUUUUUUAAUCUUAUAUAAUAUAAAUCAUAUCGCAUUUGUCAUCAAUUUAUUUUAAGUUCAUCCUAUUUAUAUAUUAUAAUUUAACUA